UACCAUGUACCCUUACCAAAACUAACCAAAGAUAUGUACAGAGUGUUCGUGAAUAAAUACCAAAUUAAAGACAACCAGGAACAAAUUGAUCCCUACGACAUACUUAAAAUGGCUGCCAACUUGCAAGAAGUGAGAUUAAAAGAAGAUAUCAUGUUUGGAGAUGUGAUCAUUUUUGACUUAGAAUGGUCAUCUGUACGUUUCUUGUCAAAACUGACGCCAACUUUUCUUGUGACAAUGUUAACUUUGUAUAAAAAAAUAUAUUCGCUUCGAGUGAAGGGUGUCUAUGUCGUUAAUACUAUCCCUUACGCCAGCACGUUACUAGCCAUCGGCAAGACUUUGUUGAAGCCUAAAUUAUUCCAAAGGAUUCAUUUUUGCAAAGACACGAGUAUUUUGAGGGAACACUUUCCCUUAGAAAUGUUACCAAAGAAUUACGGUGGCACCGAAAAGUCAGUCGAGGAAUUGCAUGAAUUAUGUCGGCUGAAGUUUCAAGAAUAUCAAGACCGUUUCGAUCUCUUGGAUAAAUUGAGAGUGAAUGAAAGCUUAAGACCAGCCAGACUUCAAAAUGAAAACGACGAAUUUUUGGGUUAUUAUGGAAAUUUUAGAAAGUUAGAGAUUGAUUAACGUUUAUUUUACACUUUAUCGAAAUAUUGUUUUCCCUGCUUAUUAUUAUAAUAAAGGUCGAUCCGACACAAAAAUUAUAAUACUCACCCUGUAUAGCUAAUCUGAGAGUUGCAAAACCAUUUACUGCUACGAUUGCCCUUGAUUUACACAUUACAUUUACAUAGU